UGCUGCUUCUGAAGCAACGUUCAAGUCGGUAAGGAAGGGUUCCAAACCGGUUUCAAAACAUUGAACAGGACAAAUGUCACUUAUGUUCUGCAAGCCGAUUUUAGGAAUUGUUACGUUCUUUUGUUUAUCCAGAGGUAUUACUGCUGCUACUUACAGAAACAUGAGUAGCCUCACGGGAGUUCAUUCCGUUGCAUACGUAACGGUUCCGACGCAGGAAGUUGCUAAAAAAUUGGCUCAUGGCUUGGUGAAAAAUAAAUUAGCUGCUUGCGUUAAUAUUAUACCGGGGCUUACGUCAGUGUACGAGUGGAAAAAUGAAAUCAAUGAAGAUAGCGAACUUCUAUUGAUGAUAAAAACUAGAACUGAUACUGUGGACACAUUAACAAAAUACGUAAUGGAGAAUCAUCCAUACGAAGUCUGUGAGGUGAUCUCAUUACCUAUUCAAAAUGGAAGUGACAAAUAUCUCCAAUGGAUAAGUGAAAUAGUUCCAUCUAUCGAUCAAAGAGAUCAAUAAAAUAACUUUCUUUUCAGUGUGUAAUUAAUAAGAUCAUAUCAAUUGUAAUAAAAAACAUUUAUUUACCUCGUUGUAAAAUAACAUGAUUCAUAUCAUUUAUUGUGGAAAAUUAUGUUAUGCUAACUAAAAAAGAGCAGUACAGAUUGAUUAAAAUGCAAAUUAGAACCACGUACAAUUGGUUUAAAUUGAAGCACAUCACACAUACACAAAUAAAUGAGCAAACAUA